GUGAAGAUAGAUAAUCUGGACUGGGAAAGAGUGAGACUUCGCAGCCAGCAAAACACGCACACACUCUCUCUCUCCCUCUCUCUCUCUGUCCUAAAAAGUCUCAAGUUAUCAAUAGUGUGAUAUCAUGUAAGAGUGUGUGUGUAUAUAUAUAUAUACACAAAGAUAUAUAGCAUACUAUUGAGGAAUUAGUCACUGUUAAUUUGAAAUAUUCAGAGGCUAUGGCAACUCGGAGGCUCUCUUCUCUGCUUUCUUCUUCCUACGUUGUUGCUGCUUCUUCACGUUCUUUUGGCCGUUAUUCGAGCUGGGGCAGAGGCAUCAAUAGGUUUAGUACUGCUGUUGCACUUGAGGAACCAAUUACUCCACCUGUUCAAAUAAAUUAUACCAAGCUUCUCAUCAAUGGACAAUUCGUGGAUUCUGCGUCGGGGAAAACAUUUCCGACGUUGGAUCCUAGGACAGGAGAUGUGAUUGCUCAUAUUGCUGAAGGUGAUGCUGAAGAUAUUAAUCGUGCAGUCUCUGCUGCUCGCAAGGCAUUUGAUGAGGGACCAUGGCCAAAGAUGACUGCUUAUGAAAGAUCACGGAUAAUGCUGCGGUUUGCUGAUUUGAUUGAGAAGCAUAGUGAUGAAAUUGCAGCUCUUGAAACUUGGGAUAAUGGGAAGCCUUAUGAACAGGCUGCAAAAGCCGAAAUACCAUUGCUGAUACGCCUUUUUAGAUACUAUGCUGGAUGGGCAGAUAAGAUUCAUGGUCUCACAGUCCCUGCUGAUGGCCCGUACCAUGUCCAGACCCUGCACGAACCCUUUGGUGUUGCAGGGCAGAUUAUUCCGUGGAAUUUUCCUCUUCUAAUGUAUGCUUGGAAGGUUGGACCUGCAUUAGCAUGUGGUAACACUGUUGUACUGAAAACUGCUGAACAGACGCCAUUAUCUGCUCUCUAUGUGUCAAAGCUAUUCCAUGAGGCCGGACUUCCUCCUGGUGUUUUAAAUGUUAUUUCUGGCUUUGGUCCCACUGCUGGUGCUGCUCUUGCUAGUCAUAUGGAUGUGGACAAGCUUGCUUUCACGGGUUCGACUGAAACUGGUAAAAUUGUUCUCGGAAUGGCUGCAAGAAGCAAUCUUAAGCCGGUGACUUUAGAGCUUGGAGGAAAAUCUCCUUUCAUUGUGUGUGAGGAUGCUGACAUUGACAAAGCUGUUGAGCUUGCCCACUUUGCUCUGUUCUUUAAUCAGGGACAGUGUUGCUGUGCUGGAUCUCGUACUCUUGUACAUGAACGUGUAUAUGAUGAGUUUAUAGAGAAAUCAAAGGCACGCGCUUUGAAACGUGUAGUUGGUGAUCCUUUCAAGAAGGGAGUUGAACAAGGUCCCCAGAUUGAUUCCGAGCAAUUUGAGAAGAUCCUGAAGUACAUAAAGAUCGGCAUUGGAAGUGGUGCUACGCUUGAAUCUGGAGGCGAAAGAUUUGGCUCCAAGGGCUACUAUAUUCAACCUACUGUUUUCUCAAAUGUCCAGGACGACAUGGUAAUAGCAAAAGAAGAGAUUUUUGGCCCAGUCCAGUCUAUCUUGAAAUUCAAGGAUCUUGGUGAGGUGAUUCAAAGGGCAAAUGCAACUCGGUAUGGGCUGGCUGCUGGAGUUUUUACCCAGAACAUAGACACUGCCAACACCUUGGCGCGUGCAUUGAAAGUUGGAACGGUAUGGAUCAAUUGCUUUGAUAUCUUUGAUGCUGCAAUUCCCUUCGGUGGGUAUAAGAUGAGUGGGCACGGGAGAGAGAAAGGGAUCUACAGCCUUAGUAACUACUUGCAAGUUAAGGCUGUUGUUACCCCUUUGAAGAAUCCGGCAUGGUUGUAAUUCCCUUUCUCAUGUUUUCGUUUUCAAAAUUGUCAGCUGUGAACAGAAACAAUGUCAUCUAUGUGGUGUUGGCAAUGAUAAUAACAACUUCUUUUAUCUA